AUGAACGAACGCAACAAGAAACCCAGCAAUGAAGCCUUUUUAAACAACGAAAUUGUUACACACAACAACAACAACAGUAGCAACAACAACAACAAAAACAGUAGCAACAACAACACAUAUAACCACAACAACAGUCCAAUUAAAAUUUCAACCAAAGAGGACAGCCUUCUAGAUGAGCUGUCAAAUAAGUUAAAAAAGUUAGAAACUCUACUAGGUGUCAAAUACGAGGAGGUUCAUUUUUUAAAGAAUGAAGUAACCAGAUUAAGAGCGGUCGAGGCCAGCCAUUUAACCUACAGGGUAGAUGACAAUAAAGAAAUUCUAAACUUGAAGCAAGAAAAUGAAAAUUUGACCAAAGAACUGACAAAAUGUCGAGAUGAAAUCCAAAUUUUGAGUGACCGUUUGAGUCAGCAGAAAAACAUGGAACUGCUACAAGAAUAUGAUCUUAUGAAAGAGAAGAACGUUGAAAUGGUCGGGGAGAUCAAAGUUUUGGAAUCGAAAAAUAUUCAGUUGCUACAAGAAUGCGAGGCCACAAAUGCAAUGAAUUCCGAAUUGAGUGAUAAAAUUGGAAAGCUGGAAUCGAUUUUGGAUGAUCUGCGAAGUGAAGGCAGUCGGCUGGUUGCAGCUGUAAACUCUCAACAGACAGAACUGAACCAUUUCAGAGAGACGGUGCGAAAAGUUACCGCGAAUUUACUGAAUUACAAGAGUAAAAACGGAAAUGACGUCACUGCUGACGACGUAGACGUCGACUGUUUCAGUAGUUUGGAAGCCGUCGUUGAGAGCAUUUGCAGAGAGAUUGAGUCUUUGAGAGAUGAGAAGUGCAUUUAUAAUAAAGAGUUCGAAGCUUUCACCGAAACUUGCUUGAAAAUUAUGAAUGACGUUGAAACUCGUGGCCCGACUUGCCUGCAACUUGAAAAAUCCAAAUCGAAAUUUGAAAAUGAGAGAGACUUGAUUCUGGAGAAUUUCGGCUCCGUUGUAACGUUCAACUCGCUGGCAGCUAUCAGUAAGUUAUUCGAUUUCUGCGUUGGAUGGCAGUCCGAGAUUGAGACGGCUCUGCUGAAUGGGAGUUCUGGAGUCAUCUUUGAGUCAAAAGAUGGUCUUAUGAGUUACAUCCAAAACAUUAACGACGAAUUAACAUCAAAACGCCAACAAGUUUCUACAUUAGAGAGGAACAUUGAACGUGCUAAGGCCCAUUGUGAGUCGGAUAUUCAACAUUACCAAAAUAAAAUUGGCGCGCUGGAAUCUGAGAUGGACGACGAGAGGAAGAAAUAUUUAGAUGUUUUAGAAGAAAUGAACACGUUGAAAGUGGGUUCUGGCGAGGAAAUAAAAAACCUUCUGAAGGAGAUCGAAGAUUUGAAAGAAUCUCAGCGUUCAAUGCUAGAAACGAAUGAGGAAACGAUCAGAGAAAUGAAGGAGAAUCACGAAGGCAUCAUUGACAAUCAGAAACAAGAGAUCCAAACAUUAGCAGAACGUCUCAAAGAGUCCAGAGACGACCACGAAACUUCGACCUUGACCUUUGAACUGACUCUGAAAGAAUAUAAAGACCAGGUCAUACAGCACUCGGUGACCAUCUGUAGCAUGGAGGAGAAGCAGAGGCAGCUUGAAGAUGAGCUAAAGUCGCUAGCUGCUGAGAAAACAGUCCUCCAAAAUUUUUUAGACGUUAUGAAGAUGAAGCAGUCGUCCGAUGUGCAGGAAUCGUUGGAAGAGAACGCGAAACUUCAACUGCAACUUCAGAAAUUGAAGAAAGAAAAUUUGAAGUACGCGAAAAGAGUCGACGAUUUUGAGGUCGUCAUUGGAGAUUUGAAGACUGAAUUGAACUCCGCUUAUAUCAGGCUCACAGAUUCAUCUGGUUUUUUAUCAGAAGAGCAAAAACAAAUUAUGGAAGAACAUUCUAGAAUAAUAGAGAACCAAAAAGAACAGCUGAGAGCAGCUGAAAAGCAGCUGAAAACAGCUGAAGAGCAGCUUGAGAUCAGCAAAAGCAGCGAGAAGCAGCUGCAAGAGGAAGUUCAAGUACUUUCUGAAAAAAUUUGCUCCCACGAGAGAGAGAUGGCGACAAAUGAAAAAAUUUUGCGAAAAGUCGAGAAAAAGAUGGACCUGAUUGAGAAUAUAAAAAAUGGCGGCGAUGAUGACGUCAUCCAGCUUUCGACGACACUGCCACUGAGGUCGUCGCAGAAACAACUGGCGAUUCUCGAUAGAUCUUUGAGCCCAACAAAACUGGCUGGAUUGAAUUCCCAAGGGCAUAUCUGCUCACGCGAACAACACGAACUCGUGAUAAAGAGGCAGCAAAAUGCCCUGGUCCAACUCAGGGCAAAGUUAAAAGCCCUCGAAUGUGGCGAUAACCCGUUACUGUCGAAGGAUGAAGCUCUGCAGCAAGUGGCUUAUUUGAGGAGAGAGUUGGAAGAGUUGAGGUCUGUACAUCUAGCUAAAGUGAAGGUUGAUAAUUUGUUUGACGGAAGUUACGUCAUGAAUGCCGAUGACGUUAGAGCUAGUCAUUUAUUCGCUAUGAAGGAGUUGAGUGACUUGAUUGAGAUUAGUGAAGAUGCGUAUCUAGAGCUUCAGAGAAGCAUAGCCAAUAUUCUAAACUAUGAUAAUAGCUUCCCUUCCGUAUCUAUACUUCAAAUACCGCGAGAGAAUCUAAACAACUUGAUACAAACCAGAAAGAUCAUCUGUAACGAUUUUGUCGACAGGAUUAUCAGACUGAAAGAGAUUAUUCUAGAUAAAAAUCAUCAAUUGAAUGGUUAUGAUCAGGAUUUGUGUAGAUUAAGAGAAAUCUGUCCGAACAAAGAAGCUUGA